AUGGCUGCGGAAUUAUGCCGAAUAUUUUCCACCUUCCUCUGGAUAAUUGCACUGGGUUCGUGUUCGAGGACGAGGAUUUAUCCGCCGAACGAAGUGACUCUGCUGGAUACCAGGACAGUGCCAGGAGAGCUGAAGUGGGCAGCCAGUCCAUCAGAGGGAGGGUGGGAAGAAGUGAGCAUUAUGGACGAGAAGAACAUCCCCAUCAGAACGUACCAGGUGUGUAACGUCCUAGAACCCAGUCAGAACAACUGGCUCAGGACGGACUGGAUCCCGAGGUCCGGGGCCCAGCGGGUCUACGUGGAGGUCAAGUUCACACUGAGAGACUGUAACAGCCUGCCAGGCGUCACCGGCACCUGCAAGGAGACUUUCAAUCUGUACUACCAUGAGUCAAACGAAGACAGGGAGAGCUACAUCAAAGAGAGCAGCUUCAUUAAGGUCGACACCGUGGCGGCAGACGAGAGCUUCACCCAGGUGGACGUGGGCGACCGCAUCAUGAAGCUGAACACUGAGGUGCGGGACGUAAAGGUCACAACGAGGAAGGGCUUCUACUUGGCCUUUCAGGAUGUUGGUGCCUGCAUCGCUCUGGUGUCUGUCAGGGUGUUCUUCAAAACCUGCCCGCUCACCAUCCGUAACCUGGCGACCUUCCCCGACACCGUCACUGGUGCUGAUACGUCCUCCUUAGUGGAGGUCAGGGGGUCGUGUGUCAACCAAUCAGAGGAGAGAGAUGAGCCCAAAAUGUACUGCGGGGCUGAUGGAGAGUGGCUCGUCCCUAUUGGUGGAUGUCUGUGCAGCACCGGAUAUGAGGAGAAGGGGGGAGCGUGUAAAGCUUGCUCUGCUGGUUUCUACAAGGCCAAGUCUUCUGAUGCAGGAUGCUCCAAGUGCCCCCCCCACAGCCACGCGCUCAGAGAAGGCACAACUGUCUGUGACUGCCACUCUGGAUUCUACCGUGCCGACAGCGAUCCUGCCUCUAUGGCCUGCACCCAGCCGCCCUCAGCCCCGCAGCAGCUCAUCUCAGUUGUGAAUGAGACCUCGGUGGUCUUGGAAUGGGCACCCCCCCGUCGGCUGGGAGGAAGGAGCGACACCACCUAUAGCCUGGAGUGUCUCAUCUGUCAAACAGGGGGUCAGCUCUGCCUUCCCUGUGGCUCCGAUGUGCUCUUCUCCCCCGGCCAGACCCGCCUGAAGACCACCAGGGUGGUGGUGACCGAGCUGAGGGCCCACACACACUACACCUUCAUCGUCCAUGCACGCAACGGGGUCUCCCUGGCCAGCGGUGCAGGGUCCGCCCAGAGUGUGUCCGUCACCGUUACCACCAACCAAGCUGCUCCCUCUCCGGUGUCAUCCAUCCUCGUCAUCGAUGUCACCAGGCACAGUUUGUCGUUGUCGUGGCAACAGCCAGAUCGGCCUAACGGGGUCAUCCUGGAAUACGAGGUCAAGUUCUAUGAAAAGGAUCAGAGAGAGAGGUCCUACCGCAUAAUCAGGACCUUCGCUCGCGGCGUGGACGUCACAGGUCUCAACCCCCUCACGGUGUACGUGUUCCAUGUGCGUGCUCGCACGGCCGCCGGGUACGGAGAGUUCAGCGCUCCAUUCGAGUUCGCCACCAAUUCAGAUCCCUUCCCUCUGAUUGGAGAAGGAGUUAACUCAGCCUUCCUGCUGCUGUCUGUCAGCGGGGUUGGAAUUUUACUGCUGAUAUCUGCAGCUGUCUUCAUCAUUAGCCGCAGGAGGAGCAAGUACAGCAAAACAAGGCAGGACUCAGAGGAGGAGAAACAUCUUAACCCAGGGGUGAAGAUCUACGUGGACCCGUUCACCUAUGAGGACCCCGAUCAGGCCAUCCACGAGUUUGCCAAGGAGAUUGAUGUUAGCAGUAUUCACAUCGAGAGAGUUAUUGGCAUGGGAGAGUUUGGGGAGGUGUGCAGCGGCCGGCUGCGUGUGCAGGGAAAGAGGGAGAUCUACGUGGCCAUCAAGAGUCUGAAGGCGGGCUACACUGACAAACAGAGGAGGGACUUCCUGUCCGAGGCCUCCAUCAUGGGACAGUUUGACCAUCCGAACAUCAUCAGGCUGGAGGGCGUCAUCACCAGAUGCAAGCCAUUGAUGAUCAUCACAGAGUACAUGGAGAAUGGAUCCCUGGAUGCCUUUCUUCGCAAACAUGACGGCCAGUUCACGGUGAUCCAGCUGGUCGGCAUGCUGCGCGGUAUCGCCUCCGGUAUGAAGUACCUGUCAGACAUGAGCUACGUUCACAGAGACCUGGCAGCUCGGAACAUCCUGGUCAACAGCAACCUGGUGUGUAAGGUGUCGGACUUUGGCCUGAGUCGGGUUCUGGAGGACGACCCAGAGGCUGCCUACACUACAAGGGAGGCCACUGGGACUUACCUUUCCCCUGGAGGGAAGAUCCCCAUCAGGUGGACGGCCCCAGAGGGGAUAGCGUUCAGGAAGUUCACCACAGCCAGCGAUGUGUGGAGUUACGGUAUCGUCAUGUGGGAGGUGGUCUCAUAUGGAGAGAGACCCUACUGGGACAUGAACAACCAGGAUGUGAUCAAAGCGAUAGAGGAGGGCUACCGGCUGCCUGCUCCCAUGGACUGUCCCGUGGUGAUGCACCAGCUCAUGCUGGACUGUUGGGAGAGAGACCGAGCCGAGCGACCCACCUUCAGCCAGAUACUCAACAUGCUGGAUAAACUCAUCCGUAACCCCGGGACUCUGCGUCGGACAGGAGGGGACAGACCUACACCCUCCAUGCUGGAGUCAGGGAUGGCUUCAGAGGUGUGUGUGUCAGUGGUGCCCGAGGUGUGUGUGCCGGAGUGGUCGGUAUGUGAGUGGCUGCAGACCGCAGGGUUGGAGAGGUACACAGACACACUGGCAGCAGCGGGAUACACCAGCAUUGACAGUCUUCUGGCUCUCACACACCAGGAGAUGGACAGACUGGGAAUAAUCACACCAUCACACCAGGACAGACUAAUUGCCAGUGUGCAACAAGAAAUGCUGUCUCAGAUGCAGCACAUGCAACACACAAUGGUUCCCGUCUGAACUGCAGAACGGCUACAGACCUGUUCCGAGAAGAAUUUAAUUUACCUCAUUCAUGCACUUUAGAGGGACCUUUCACCAGGGGAAAUACAAGGAGUGGAUUGAAGUGAAAAAAAUCCGAAGUAAGAAGAAGAAAACGAGAAGUGAAAAGCAGCACUUUUGUGAACUUCCAUCCUGUGGAGUUUUCUAAAAAAAAAACACAAAAAAAACAUGGACACGGCCACAGAUAAAAUUGAGCUACUGAGAGCUUAGACUGAAGCCUCAUCCUCUUAUCCAACUCUGUUUUUCAUUCUUUUAUGAUCCGUUUUGUGAAGGCUGAUAUGUGAUGGUGUGCAUAAGCAGAAUGGCUUCCAACUUUUUAUUUCGCUGCUUUGGGCUUGACUUGAAUAAAAAUGUGUUUCGUGUUUGCUCGUAUGUCUGCGUGAGUGUGUGUG